AUGUCUGUUGAUGAACGAGAGCAAAUUCGCUUUCAGAAUACUCAACAACAUCGAGUAGCUUACAGUUCAUUGCCAGAUGCUGACAGACAGGCUCGAAUAAAUCAAAAUUCUCAACGUCAGCAAGAACAUCAAAACUUAAUGAAUGAUGCUGACCGGCAAGCACGCCGAGAUCGCGAUGCUCAACAGCAUCGAAACGCAUAUCAGAUACCUGAACGAGGGGCUGCAAUUGCAGAGCAAAACCUUAACAGGUACCACCGCGGUCGAGCAACUCAAAGGCCUUCAAUGGCAGCAAUCCUUAAUGCUGAAGGUCGACUGCGUUACGGCGUCCCUGAAGAAGACUACCUUGGUGGUCUUACUGUGCAGUGCAGCAACUGCGGUGCCAUGCACUUUCCAGAUGAAAAGUCUGGGAACAGCACUACUUUUUCUGAUUGUUGUCAGAAUGGUAAAAUAAGAGAUUGGUUUCAAUUGGGACCAGUUCCAGAACAGUUACAAAAGCUGUUCACUGAUGCUUUUAGUCAAAGUGCUAAUGACUUUGACAAAGAACAAAGUCGGCAUUUUUUAAAAAAUUUGCGACAUUACAACAACGCGCUUCAAUGCGCCUCGAUUUCGUACAGGUCUGUGAGUAUUCCUGGACAAGGACCUUAUGUCUUUAAAAUUCAAGGCAUUACUUACCAUUACACCUUCAACAUCAAUCAGAUUCGUGAAGGUGAAUUAGGUCAACGGAAUCAGCUGUACAUUUUGGAUACAGCCGAUCAAACUGCCCAUCGCCAAUCAAAUGCCCGGCAGUACAAUCACAAUCUCAGGCCAAACAUUCUGAACGUUCUUAAACGUUGUCUCGAUGAAGCAAACGAGACUUAUGAAAACUUGAGAAGAAUGUUCGAAAUGGCUAAUGUUGAAGAGGUGGCCGUUGCAUUUGCACCUGUUCAGCCAGGUCGACCCAAUGCUGAUCGCGAGCGCUUGCCAGAAACGCGCGAGAUUUUUGGUUUGGUUAAUCAAGUCGACGACGACACUGAACGAG